AUGGACUCCACAGUGACUUUCCUGAUCUCCAUUGGACUGUGCAUAUGCUGGGAAGCUAGGACACAAAUGGGCACUCUUCCCAGGCCCUUCCUUUGGGCUGACCCAAGUCCUGUGGUCCACAAAGAAGCAAAUGUGACCCUCAGGUGCCAGGGCCAACCAGGGAGUGACAGAUUCCAGCUCUGGAAGGAUGGAGAGCUCGGAGAGGAGAGAAAUGACUCGUGGUCAUGGGGAGACUUUGUGCUCAGGAGUGUGGAUGACUUCAAUGAUGCAAGAAGCUACAGAUGCCGCUCUGGACAGGGGUCCUUGUGGUCAGAGCUCAGUGACCCCCUGGACCUGGUGGUGGUGACAGCCAUCCCCCGACCCAGCAUUUCAGCCUCACCUGACUCCAUAACAUCUCCAAGCACAACAGUGACCAUCUGCUGCCAAUUCCCAUCACUGUCAUCCUCUCAGAGCUACAGUGUUGCCCUCUUGGAGGCAAAGAGCCUGGAGCCCUUACAGCUACAGAACCUUACAGGAGGACAGGCUGCUUUCUCACUUCCAUCUGUGAGGACCGAGGACAGUGGGAGCUACAGCUGUAUUUUGUACAGGAAGACACCCCCCUACAGCGGGUCAUAUCCCAGCCAUGCCCUGGAGCUCAAUGUGUUGGGACCAUUCCCCAAGCCCACUCUGUUGGCCCAAUCUGGCCUUGGGGUGACCCCAAGGACCAACAUCAUUCUGUGGUGCUCCAGACCCAGGCUAUCUUCAUUUCAAAAGGUGACUUUCACUCUGUGGAAGUCUGGGACCCAGGAACCCUUACAACAGCAGCCCACAGCAGAUCUCUGGACUGACUUCUCCCUCUCCUCUCUGAGCCCUGAGGACACUGGGAGAUACAGGUGUGCUUACAGGACAGCCUCUGGGAGAUUAUCAGAGCCCAGUGAUGCCCUGGAGCUGGUGGUGCCAGGAUCUCUGCCUAAGCCUUCCCUCUCAGCCCUCCCAGGCCAGAUGGUGGAGCCUGGGCAGCAUGUGACUCUCCAGUGCAGGAAGCCCCCUGGGUCAGCACUCUGGAGAGCCACAUUCACUCUGCUGAAAGUGGGCAGCCCUCAGUCCCUGCAGAGCCAGAGCCCAGCUGGGACCUCAGCUGACUUCCCCCUCCUGUCUGUGAGGGCCCAGGAUGUCGGCAACUACACCUGUGUCUACUAUGGAAGGAUGGCUCCAUACCAGGUGUCUGAGCCCAGUGAUGCCCUAGAGAUCUGGGUGACAGAUGAGCUCCCCAAGCCUUCCCUCUCAGCCUCACCUGGACAAGAGGUGGUCUCAGGAACCAAUGUGACCCUCCUUUGCUGGGGACCUUCAUGGGCUACUAGGUUUGUUCUGUACAAGGAGGGAGAUGAGGAAAUCCUGCACAGCAUGGAAGCCCAUGAAGGUCAGGGCCAGUUCCUCUUGACUCAUGUGACCCCCAAGGACUCUGGCAAUUACAGCUGCAGCUAUCAGCUGGGCACCAAUGAAAGUCUCUGGAAGCAGCCUAGUGAUGCCCUGGAGCUUCUAGUAAGAGGUGAGAAUUCCGGUAACAAACUCAUCAUCAUCUUCAGCUGUGUUUCUUUUCUCCUCCUCCUCUGCCUUCUCCUGUUUGCAUUCCUCUGCCAUGGAUCCAUCUCUACGGGGCCUUUGCAAGGAUACAGCCGUCAGAGCUGUUUUUGUCGUCCUUGUCUUCCUUGCUGUACCUGCCGGCCUCAUCAUCCUGAGACACCCAGAGAGGAAAGCCCAUAUACAGAAGUGGCUGCGGACCGACCAAGGGAACUACAGGUCCCCAUGGCUGAAGAACCUCAGGGAGUGACAUACACUCAGCUGAACAUAAGAACCUUGAAUAAGAAGAAAACUAACUACAAAAAAACUCCCACAGAAGACACUGUCUAUGCCAGUUUAAAUUUAGAUUGAGGGUUUGGGCACCUUUUGUGAAGGAAUUUUCCACUUCUGCUCUUCUCCUCUCCCUCAUCCUUUUUUCAUCUGUUCCCUAAUGUACCUUUCCCACAUUCCCAUUACGGAGGAGCCAUGAUAACUAUUAAGAAUGUCCACUGGGGCAUAGACUUGGGCAACCCCAGUGCAUCAGUCUAAAGGUGGCUUAGAAUAGAAUCUGAAACUUAAAGUUUUAAGAAACAACUUAAUGAAAUGCUGAAACAGUGGGGAAGACAGUGAAUUUUAUUUUUGUUCAUUGUUGCUAGUAAAGGUAA